AUGGAUCAUCGGAAACAAAGCAAUCAUCCGGGGAAUCCCAGCUCAUCAAAGAGCCUCGUUACAUCAACGUUCCGAGUAUGGACACGGUGCCAAGCGAUCUGCUUGAGAAGCAAGGGAAGCUGCCCUCCUCGCUGGUUUCCAUCAAGCGUAACGAAUCAGCUGGGGAACAAUCUAUCGAGAAGUCUUCCAAAUGGUCGACCGGAAGCUCUUCCCUCGACUUCCAAAAAUGGUGAAGAUCACAAAUCACGUCCCAUCUGCGAUGAGCAUAACAACACGCUUGCCACAGAGACAGAAGCACCUGAGCUUGAGCUUGAGCAGCACAUCACUACACCUUCUGAGCCUGAGCUGCACAGCACUGCACCUCCCAAGCCUAAGCAGCACAGCACAACACCUCCUAAAUCAGAUUUGCCUAGCACUGAAUCUUCUCAAGCAGCCCAGCUCGGCACUGUCACUCCUGAGAAAGUACCACUGCACAAGAAGAUCAAUUCGUACCCGGGAGUCCAAACCAAAGAGGCCCGUUCACAAUAUCUGCUCCCUAAAGGCCAAGCAUCUCCUUACAAAAGUGUCUCGACAACAAAAUUUCCCCCAUCCGAGCUAAUUUUCCACACACAAUACUCAGGAGAUUUCCGCACAACCUGA